AUGACCUCCAGUCGACAGUCUGGACCGUUGGUUGCAUCCACUCUCACACCGCAAUCGCAACAUGAAGUGGCGAGACGGGAUUUGGUUAUGGGUCUUGUGCAAGCUUGGAGUGCACGCUCCCCUGGCCGCGAGGUAUAUGCCCGCUUUCUGGAACAGAGUUCAGAGCACUCGCUGACAGCCAGCCUAACCUGCCCAGCGUCCCAGACCAAGAUGGCCGUAUCAACCACAGACGCGUCACAUACGUUCCACGGGUCCCUGAUUCCAGGGUCGGCUUGGCCCAAUCCCGGUGCCGCCGAGGCGCUAGUGCACCGGUCUCGUCGGCUGCACCGUCUGGCCGGUUACGAUGCCAACGUUGCGGUGGCAUGCGUUCGCGGACCUUCCGCGAUCCAAUAG